AUGGCGGCGGCGCCACCCUGGGGGUCCGGGCGGGUUCGGCCCCUGCCCGCCCGCGGCUGGUACCUGUCCGCCCGCGAGCGGCGGGAGGAGGACGGCGAGGAGGAGGAGGAGGAGGAGGAGCGGGAGACCGCCCCGCUGCUGCCGCCGCCGCCGGGCAGCAGUUCUUCAAGUCAUGGUUCUUCCUUUGCUUUCUCAGUGUUUAACUUAAUGAAUGCAAUCAUGGGCAGUGGGAUACUUGGCUUAUCCUAUGCCAUGGCCAACACAGGGAUCAUGGGGUUUAGUAUCUUGCUGCUGAUUGUUGCCAGCCUUGCUUCUUACUCUGUGUUUCUCCUGCUCAGUAUGUGCACUCAGACAGCUGUCACUUCUUAUGAAGACCUUGGCCUUUUUGCAUUUGGAUCAACUGGAAGGGUCCUUGUUGCAACUACAAUAAUUAUCCAGAAUAUUGGAGCCAUGUCAUCUUAUCUGUUAAUUGUCAAGUCUGAACUUCCUGGGGCUGUUGCUGGGCUUUUGAGCGGAGCCGAGAGCGGGUCUUGGUACCUCGAUGGGAGGCUGCUGCUGCUGCUCACUUCAGUCUGCAUUGUUUUUCCUCUUGCCCUUCUUCCUAAAAUUGGCUUUCUUGGCUACACAAGUAGUUUAUCAUUUUUCUUUACGGUGUACUUUACUCUUGUGGUUGUGAUUAAAAAAUGGUCGAUUCCUUGUCCUCUACCUCUGAGCAGUGCCAUAGAGACUUUACAGGUUUCAAAUUCUACUGGGGAUUGUAAAGCAAAGCUCUUUCAUCUUUCAAAAGAGAGUGCUUAUGCAAUACCAACUAUGGCCUUCUCUUUUCUGUGCCAUACCUCAGUCUUGCCAAUCUACUGUGAGCUCCAAAGUCCAUCCAAAAGGAGAAUGCAGAAUGUCACUGUCACAGGAAUUGGGCUGAGUUUCCUAAUUUACUUCAUAUCUGCUCUCUUUGGGUACCUGACAUUUUAUGACAAAGUGGACUCUGAGCUGCUGCAGGGUUACUCCAGGUACCUGCCCCACGACACCAUCAUCAUGACAGUGAGAGCAGCCAUUCUGUUUGCUGUGCUCCUGACAGUGCCUCUGAUCCAUUUCCCAGCAAGGAAAGCUGUGCUGAUGGUAUUUUUCUCUCAUCUUCCUGGGUCAUGGAUUUGCCAUAUCCUUGUCACCUUAACACUGAAUGCAGUUGUUGUUCUGUUUGCAAUGUAUGUGCCAGACAUUAAAAAUGUAUUUGGAGUAGUUGGUUCAACCACAUCAACAUGUUUGCUUUUUGUAUAUCCUGGACUAUUUUAUCUUAAACUUAACAGAGAGGACUUCAUAUCACCACAGAAACUUGGGGCAUGUGCCUUGGUUGUUUUUGGCAUUUGUGUUGGCCUUCUCAGUUUGGUUCUGAUAAUUUUCAAUUGGGUUGAUCAAUAAGAGCUAUUGACAGUGUGACCUGAGCUCCAGGGGGACAGCAGGGAGCAGAGAGGUGCCAGCACUGCUGCAGUGAGUGCUGCACAUCCCAAAGGGACACUGACCAAAGCUGCCAAGGAAGAAGCAAUGCUCCUUUCACCUCCUUUACUGAUGGUCCUUCUUUAAU